ACGUCGUCAGACGUGACCGUUCAGGCGUAUCCCUUGAACCAGGGAAUACACGCGAGUGCAAAUUAAAAAAAAUUACGUAAUGAAGGUUGGGAUGAGAGUUCGUGAGUGGUAAUGCAAUGAGCGGCGUGCGUGAUGCCACCUAUUCUCUUGGUCGUGCUAUUGGCAGUGCUGGACUUGUGUGUGCCGCUGUACCACGAUCAGUUUGCGCUGUUAGUGCCCGACGGCCGUGCAGAUGAGCUUGCUCAAAGGCAUGGCUUUAUCAAUCAUGGACAAAUUGGGGACUUAAAACAUUACUAUUUAUUUUCACAUCCACACUUAAGUAAGAGAUCUGUAAAUGCAAGUAGAGAAUAUGAAAUUCGUCUUAAAAAUGAUCCCCAGGUAAGAUGGGUGAUGCAGCAAACAGAGCUAAGGAGAACUAAACGGGACCACGACCCGCGGCAUGUCUUGCGGCAAUCCAGUGCCCCAUCGUUUCCAGACCCCCUGUUCAAAGAGCAGUGGUAUUUGAACGGUGGGGCUGCGGACGGGCUAGACAUGAACGUGGGACAGGCGUGGAGGAAAGGCUAUACGGGGAAAGGCGUCGUUAUCACCAUACUGGACGACGGGAUACAGCCUAACCACCCGGAUCUGCUGCAGAAUUACGAUCCAGCAGCAUCCACGGACAUAAACGGAAACGAUACAGACCCGACGCCGCAGGAUAAUGGAGAUAAUAAACAUGGCACCCGAUGCGCGGGCGAAGUCGCUGCGGUCGCCUACAACAAAUACUGCGGCGUAGGCAUCGCGUACAAUGCCAGCAUAGGAGGCAUUAGAAUGCUGGAUGGCCUAGUUAACGACGCAGUGGAAGCUAAAGCGCUCGGCUUCAAUACACACCACAUAGACAUCUAUAGCGCUUCCUGGGGACCCGAGGACGACGGGAAAACUGUCGACGGACCUGGCCCCUUAGCUAGAAGGGCCUUUAUAAACGGCGUAACUAAUGGCAGAGGAGGGAAAGGGUCUAUUUUUAUAUGGGCAUCGGGAAACGGCGGGAGGCACACCGAUUCCUGCAACUGUGAUGGCUAUGCGAAUAGCAUAUUUACUAUAUCGAUUUCUAGUGCUACUCAAGGAGGUUAUAAGCCUUGGUAUUUAGAAGAAUGUUCCUCUACUCUAGCUUCGACUUAUAGUUCGGGUACUCCUGGUAGAGAUAAAAGCGUAGCGACUGUUGACAUGGAUGUAUUGUUGCGGCCGGACCAUAUUUGUACAGUCGACCACACGGGCACAUCGGCGUCGGCACCCCUAGCAGCAGGAAUCUGUGCUCUGGCAUUAGAAGCGAACUCGUUACUAACGUGGAGGGACAUGCAACAUCUCAUUGUAAUGACUUCCAGGUCACAGCCGUUAGAUAAAGAGAGAGGGUGGAUCGUUAAUGGCGUGAAGCGAAAAGUAAGUCAUAAAUUUGGAUACGGACUCAUGGACGCUGGUCAAAUGGUUUCCCUGGCCGAACAAUGGAUAAAUGUACCGCCGCAACACAUUUGUAAGUCUCAAGAAAUAAACGAGGACAGGUCGAUCGAAAUUUCCUUUGGCUAUUCGCUAUCCGUUCACAUGGACGUAAAUGGCUGUAGUGGUACGAUGAACGAGGUCAGAUUUUUGGAACAUGUUCAAUGUAAAAUUUCACUGAGUUUUUUUCCUAGAGGAAAUUUACGGAUACUGCUUACGUCACCGAUGGGUACUACAUCGACCCUUUUGUUGGAAAGGACGCACGAUGCCACUAGUUCCAACUUCGACGAUUGGCCAUUCCUAAGUGUACAUUUUUGGGGCGAAAAUGCGGAGGGACGAUGGACACUUCAAAUAAUAAACGCGGGAAAUAAUCACGUUACCCAGCCGGGAGUAUUGAAAAAAUGGCAGCUUAUUUUCUACGGUACUGCCACGGAUCCAAUACGAUUGCGAAAUAAAAGUUAUUACAACUCCAAUAACGCUCAACAACAGGAGAAGCCUUAUCAUAUUAACGAUGUAUACGAUGCUUCGGAAUAUUCCCAGUUUCUCAAUGAAAUCGAGCUGGGCAUUUCAGAUAGACGUAGUUAUCAAAAAAAUAUUCCAUCGGCUCAGAGGAAAAAUGUUUUGGCCGACGCGAAUGAUAAGCAAGUCCAAAGGUUAUGUGAUCCAGAGUGCGAUUCUCAGGGUUGUUAUGGAAAAGGACCGACCCAGUGUGUGGCUUGCAAACAUUAUCGCUUAGACAAUUCUUGCGUUUCCAAAUGUCCACCGAGGAGUUUUGUUAAUCAAGGCGGAGUUUGUUGGCCAUGCCAUGAAUCUUGUGAGACUUGCGCUGGGGCUGGACAAGAUUCUUGUCUAACAUGUGCUCCUGCUCACCUUCUUGUUGUCGAUUUAGCUGUGUGUUUACAACAAUGUCCUGAUGGAUACUAUGAAGAUCAAGAUGCAAAUGCAUGUUUUCCUUGCGCAGAACACUGUUACACAUGUUCAGAAAAAGCGGAUAUGUGUUCUUCUUGUGCCCAUAGCUAUGUUCUGUAUAACGGAUCAUGUUUAGCCAUGUGCCCACCUGGUACAUUUCAAGAAGAUGAAUCAGGUUGUGUAAAAUGCCAUGAAUCUUGCGAAUCGUGUAACGGGCCAAGUGAAACAGGAUGCGUUUCAUGUCGAAUCGGAGAUUAUGGAUUCAAGGGUCGUUGUGUAUCUAAAUGCCCCACCGGGACUUACGCGGACGUGCAAAAAAGAGAAUGUAUACCGUGCCCGAUUGGAUGUUCAAUUUGCACAUAUUCAGUGUGUUCUGUUUGCCAAGAGAAAUGGAUUUUGGAUAAAAGAGGAAAUUGUCAGCCGGACGGGAAUGAAAAAUGUGAUGCUAACGAAUAUUACGAAGGAGGACGUUGCAAAAACUGUCAUUCCACUUGCGAGAAAUGUAGCGGAUCCAAUGAGUGGAACUGUUUAUCUUGUUCAAGCCCGUUGUUAUUGCAGGGAUCGAGGUGCGUAGCGGAAUGUGGACAAGGGUAUUACCAAACUGCGGGUAGUUGUGCCCAAUGUCCGCACACUUGUACGAACUGUGUGUCAAGAUUGAACUGUACGUCUUGCGCUGUUUCUUUGAGGUUGCAAUCGGGGACGUGUCGCGCGACUUGUGCGUCAGGAUACUACCCUGAUGAAGGGAUUUGUUCGAAAUGCUACUUAUCCUGUGAGACUUGUACUGGUCCAAGGAGAGAUCAAUGCGCAUCUUGUCCUCCAGAUUGGAGGUUAGCAGCUGGAGAAUGUAGACCGGAGUGUCCACAGAACUUUUUUACAUGGGGUGACAGUUGUCGGAGAUGUCACCAUUAUUGCCAGGACUGCCACGGCGCCGGUCCUCAGCGGUGUACGUCGUGCCCACCGCAUUUUUCUCUGGAAAGUGGUUUAUGUGUGGAGUGCCUUAGCUCGCAGUAUUAUGAGCCUAGAACGAGGACUUGCCGUCCAUGUCAUGAUUCCUGCAGGUCCUGCUCGGGGUCCGGACCUACUAGUUGUGUAACUUGCGCUCAUCCUUUACGUUUAGACAGAGUGAAUCACAAGUGCUUGCCAUGUUGUACGGAGGGCAUGGUUUCAUAUACUAAUCAAUCUACGGACUGUUGCCAUUGUGAUAGAGAUAUGGGUGGUUGUCUGAACGGCUCUUCAGCCGGCAAGCGACGCAUAGCAGACAAUAUAGGCACACGUAUGACUGCGUCAUUUUUUGUCGACAACCCAACAGGCCCCACGAAUAUCUGGGGUCGUGAUUUAUUGAUUAUACUCAGUGUCGGCGCGACGGUUGUGGUGCUAGCCGUCGCUAUGAUAGUGUUUAGGUUAAGAUCAAAAAGACGUAAGCAUCUAACGCCUUUCCCAAGAACGGUUUAUUCCCAACUCAACUCAAUAGAUGAAGAUUUCACCACAACUGGUUUAUCAUCAAACACUGCUUUGAGUGUGAAACUGAAUGGAAGCAACCACAGUAAUGCGAACGAAGAACCAACAUAGCAAUUUAAACUCUAAGUCAAUACAUUUAGAAUAAAUUUUACACUGCAGACUGAUAUGUAGACGUUUCUAUAGGUACAAUUUAUUCAGCGUAUGUUACGACUUAAAUCCGAGGUGCUACAACGACAAGAUGGUAAUGUUAAAGAUUUAAAAAAUAGCCACUGGCGUAUAUAAUUUAAAAGUUCACCUAUUUUUAUGAAUUCAUAGAUUUUAUUUACAUUUUAAGCUAUCAGAAAAAAAAACUCGUAUUACAUGCAGCAUGUCUUAAAGUUGUUUCUUUUUACCAUGCACGUAUUAUUGUACUCUUAAAAUCUCAAAGGUAAGGUACUACAUUUAGCUGUUAUUAUAAUCCUUAUUAUCCUGUGUUUAUAACCUUUUUUCUAUUGUAGAUCACGGGUAUAUACCAAGAUUAAUUUGGUGUUUUAAUUGCGGAAACUGUUUCCAUAAAACAGCAUAUAAGCUGUGUAAUUGCAUGCAUGGCUUUAAGAGUUUAACUUUAAGUUAUGCUUGGCAGAGUCUGACUCUGAUUUAGAGGUCUUUCAAAAUAAUUUUCAUCGUUAGCAUAUCUAUAUUGCAUGUAUUUAAGUAAUAUAACUUUUACUUAACAGGUUACUUUUAUUAAAGACUGUAUGACUGGAUAAUGAAGCUAGCAGCAUUUUAGAUUUUAGUCGUAAUCUACGUUUAUUAUUAUGUAAAACAGCGGUUUCCUUGAGGCCACAAAGGUUUUUGGUGUAUUGGUUCUCAUCGAGUAGUAAAUUGAGUACUGACUUAUAAAGUGAAGUAUCAUAAACUAUUUUGCUUAACAAAAUCAAAACUAAACCUUAUAAAAUUUUGAAUUGUAUCAUAUUGAGAUAUUAAUAUAAUAUAUAAUUAUUGAUUAUUGAUCUCCUGACUGUAAAUUGUUUAUAAAUGAAGGUCAUUAUGUAAUAAUGAUUUGUAAAAAUAUAAGAAUAAUUUUAAUUGUUGUGUAAUAUAAGUUCAAGUUAUAGGUGAUGUUUGAAAUUUUUUUUUUGACUUUUAGAUUUUUUUAUGAUUGUGAUAUCAAUAAUAUUAUGGAGUGUUACUUAUAUAUAAAAUAUUGUGUUCAGAAAGGUAGGAAACUAAACGAAAAAAAUUAUUGAGAUAACUAUCGAUAACAUGCACAGUGUAUAGUUAUUUUAUAUUUUAUACCUACCCGUUUUUACCAGAAACAAUUCAAGAGACUCUCGCACUAGGUAUUCCUCGAAAAAUUUCGAUUUCAAAUACAAAAUAAUUGGAGCAUCUGAAAAAUUUAACUUUAAAAUUUUUACCUGAUCAAAAUCUUUCCAAUUUUUUUUAUUCAAUCACAACUAGGUAUUUCGGUAUGCUUGUUUUAAAAUAAUGAAAAACACCUGGCAUGCGAACUAUUUUGAAUUUUUUUAUGUAAAAAUACUUUUAACCGACUUCAAAAAAAGAAAAAAUCACUCAAAGACGACCAAAACAAUGUAAUAUUUUAGUUUAUUUUCAACCGACUUCAAAAAGGAGAAUAUCACUCAACGACGUGUAAUUUUAGAUAAAAUUUCUUUAAAGUUAAUUUAAUAUUAUUUAAAAAAAUGUAAACGCUUUUAUGAUUUUACCAUAUAAUGUUUAUUAGGUACUAAGUUAGGUUCAAUAACUUUACGAGUUCAUUCUUACUUAGUAGAUACGAGUUAAAGGUAUGAUAUUUUGUAGAAGUUGUUAUUAUUAAGUGAUAUAUUAUUUACCAUGACAUAAUACUUAUCAAUUUAUUAGGUAGAUACGAAAUUUAACAACCAAAACAAACAAGUGCAAAUUAAAAAUUUAUAAUACCCCCGACAAGUGAAGUACAAUAACGAGUAAA